UUAAUUAUCUUUAACCAAACAAACACGCUGUACUCUUGUGUGAGGAGGCGAUCCCUGACUUGUCUAGUUCUUGAGAAAGUCAGAGGAUCCGGCUCGGCGCCCCGCAGGAACCCUAGCUAUCCUCUUGUCCGAGGAGGCCAUCCGAUAUGGAGGAGGUCGCCGGCGGCGGUUCAUCCUGGCCGUACGCCAAGAAGCCGCAGCCGCACCAGCUGGGGCGGUCGCUGACGUACCACCACCCCUACCAGGGCCAGGGGCGCCGCCUGCAGCCUGCGCAGCGCCACCAGCUCCCUGACGUGCGUGCCCCGCGGCCGGCGGUGGUGCUCUACACGACGUCGCUCCGCGGCGUGCGGCGCACCUUCACCGACUGCUCCGCGGUGCGCGCCGUGCUGCGCGGCUUCCGCGUGGCCGUGGACGAGCGCGACUUGUCCAUGGACGCCGCGCUCCGGCGGGAGCUCCAGGGGCUGCUCGCGGCGCGGGGCCGCGCCUUCUCCCUCCCUCAGCUCUUCGUCGGGGGCCGGCUCGUCGGCGGCGCCGAAGAGGCGAGGCAGCUGCACGAGGCCGGCGAGCUGCGGCGCCUCCUCGAAGGCGCCGCGGGGCAGGACCCGGCCUUCGUUUGCGACGCCUGCGGGGGUGUCCGCUUCGUGCCCUGCCCCGCCUGCGCUGGCUCCCGCAAGGUUUUCGUGGAGGAGGAAGGACGCACCAGCUGCUGCGGCCUCUGCAACGAGAACGGCUUGGUACGAUGUCCCGCUUGUUCUUCUUGAUCGCUUGCUAUGCCUCCUAUAAAUGGUAGUACUGCAAGAAUUAGAGACAUGCAGUUUCUGAAUUCUCGUGGUCAUGGACACUCAAUUGCUGCUUGUGCUUGGCUUGGCGGACGAGAACAAUGGAGUUCUUGUCCCUAUAUACGUAGUUGUGAAGCCAAAAGAAUGGCCUUUCGCGGGUCUGUGAUUAGAUUAUAUGUUUGUAUGUACCAAAUGUACUCCAUUGAAUUUGUUUGAUUAAUGUAAGUAACUGGGUUUCUGCUAAUCAUCGUUCGUUGCAUGCA